AUGAAUUGCUUCCUCAAAUGUUGGGCAAUUGCUUUUGAUUAUCAUACAAAAUUUUUAAUAACGGGAUCUGAAUCCAACAUCAUAACUAUGCAUUUCAAAAGUGGGGCAUUAAAAAGGAUUCAGAUAAUUUAAAAACAUGAAUCCUGGAUAACUACCCUUAAUUUCUUCAGAUAAAUGCAAUUAUUUAUAUCUGGAUCAUCAUGCAUUAAAAUAUGGUCUUAAAACUAGUGA